AUGAUAACCAACGAAACUCAAACCAAGGAGUAUGUUAAAGGCUAUGGAAUCGACUGGGACAAAGUCAAAGCCGCUCUUGAGAUAACGGAUGACGGUGAUGGGCGGAUCCGCAUACUAGUACAGAAGAUUUUGGAACAUGUCGACUGCGACAUUCAUUGGACUUGCAUAGGAAAGCCCAACAGCGGCAAGCGCAACACCUUCAACAUUAUCUCAUUCGGCAAAGAGGCCUUUGAUACCGAUCCAGAGGCUUUGAGAAAGAAAGAUAUUCCUGCUCCAGACUAUCUGAAGAGCUUUGUGGAACCAUUUUUUGUCGGGCCCGAUGUAUUUGAGGUUGUGGAUUGGUAA